AAAUCUUGGCUAGAAAUAGUGAAUCAUUUCCAGGUCACUUUCAACAUGGAGAGUGGAGCCGGGAAGCAUUGGACUGAGGAGGAGGUUAAAGCCUUGUUAAGCGUCUGGUCAGAAAAAAAUAUCAGAAAGCAACUGCACGGCACCCUGAGGAAUAAAGGAAUAUUUAUCUACAUUGCUAAAAGGUUACAGGAGUUGGGAGUGUGCAGGGACUGGAAACAGUGCCGUGCAAAGUACAAAAACCUGAAGUACGAAUACAGAACGGUUAAAUAUGCCCACAACUCUGGGGAUGUCACUAAAACCAUGAAGUUUUUCCAUGAUCUGGAUGCCAUAUUGCGAUAUGAGCCUGUCACACAAUUAGCAGCAGAAGAGAACGGCAGGUGUUCUGCGACUGAGACGCAGCUGAACACAAGCCCCACAACAGACAGCGCGCAAGGUGAACUAUCAGUUUCUUUAGAAGAUGAUGAGGACUCUCCAGGAGAUCCACUACUCUUUAUGUCUCAUGUCAGACCAGUUCAACUAGGUAAUCCAGCGUCAGCAGUAGAGGCUUCCAAACCACUGGCUUUUAUUCCAACAGUAGCAAAUGAAGGAGGAAAACACUGGACUGUUAAUGAAGUCAGAGCUUUGAUACGCAUAUGGUCAGACAAAAAUAUCCAGCAACAACUGGAGGGGACAGUGAGAAAUAAAAGAAUAUUUGAGCAGGUUGCUGCUAGACUUCAAAAGUUUGGAAUUGACAGGGACUGGAAGCAGUGCAGGACAAAAUAUAAAAAUUUGAAACAUGAAUACAAGAGUGUAAAAAGUGCCCAAGACUCAGGGAGUACAAGUAAAGGUAUGAGAUUUUUUAAUGAACUGGAUGCUAUUCUGGGGCACUGCACCAUGGAACAAGCAAGCAAAUCAGUUAAUGAUGAAAGUGAGAGGCCUCCAGAAUGGACAGAAGCAAAAUCAGGAAAGGACUCCAUCGAAAUGCCUGGAGACACAGGUGAAGAGGACUCUGUUAGUAAUACAUCUGAAGACCUACAGGUUGCAGAUAUAAAGAAAGUUUCUGAUUCAGAUGAUGUUACUGUAAACACUACUUCAGAGAAUCGGGCAGCUCCUCAUAUAACAAAAGAAACAGCUAUGACAAAAAUCCUUGAGGAUGAGGGGGACUUUGUCAACUCCACCCCGGCAGCUCUGGAAGUCACACAAAUAAAGAAGGAGACAAUUGACAUAGAUGAUGAUUCUAUAAGCACUACCUCAGAAGACAGAUCUUGUACGCCAGUAGCAAAACAGAUGGUCGAAACAGACAAUCACAUUCACUUGGAAGAAGCACAAAAUCACUUUAAAGUUAUUACAGUUAAUGACACUGGAGCAGGAAAGCACUGGAGUGAUAAUGAAGUGAGAGCUCUGAUAAACAUAUGGUCAGAUGAAAAGAUACAACAAAUGCUUGAAGGCGCCACAAGAAAUAAAGAAAUCUUUGAGGAAAUUGCCAGAAGGUUAAUGAAACGUGGUAUAGACAGAGACUGGAAACAAUGUCGCACAAAGUACAAGAACCUAAAAUAUGAAUACCGUGCACUGCAGAAAGAAAAUGAGCAUCUUGGAAAUCCCAGGAGAAAAAUGAGAUUUUACGAUGAAGUUGACUGUAUCUUAAGAAGACAACCUCUGGGUCCCUCAAGCUGGGGAUGUGAAAGUUCAAGUGUCCUAUCAGUGGGAGAUGUUACAGCAAACACAGGAUCCUUGAGUAUCAAGAGAAAAAUAUGUAACGAUGAGGUGUCAACUGUUCCACUCAAGAAAAGUGCCUCUGAAAACACCAUACUCCAUUUCCAAAAGCUAUUAACAGAGAGAGCGCACACAGUAACAGAAGGCAAAAAGUUGCUGUUAGAAAGGCUUUGUAAGCACGAAGAAAUGCAAGACCUCAACAGAACACAGCUCUAUGCUGAUCCAUCAGCCAUAAAACAGGUUGGUUUAAUGAACUUUCUAUGAAAUUAGCAUGCAAAUAGAUUCUCUUGGGUAGUAAGAAAUGAAAUAAGUCUAAGUUACCCACAUGAAUACAUGCUUGCUUCCCCCCUUUAAUAUAGUCACCUUCAGUCACUUAAACUAAAAACAAGGUAUGAGUUCCCAUCAUAAUCCUUAACUAUGAGCUUUUAGCAGUAAUGCCAGUCUAAUAAAAGACACCAUGUCUGCCUACGUCUUGGCUCACCUACAUGCCACAAUUAACAAGCUUAAUUGAAAGAAAAUAAUACUUUUAUUGAUCAAACAUGUACCGUUAAAAUUUCAUCCUAUCACUUACAGUUACCAUUUCUAUGGUCCUCCUAACAAGUGAGUCCUCUGCAAUUAACCAAACAGUUGAAGCCAUAAGAUAAGUUCUUUUUAGUUAGGCAGGGCUGGUGGGGAAAACACAAUUCUUAAGUCUUUUGCCAGCAUUUACCCUCCUCCUAGCCUCUCCCCCUGCCUAUGCUGGUGUGGGGGAACAUCCCCAUCUGCCCACUGAAGGCUUGGUGCUGUGCAGCAAUGAAUUGGAGAAUUCAGUGAGCCAGAAAGAAAGUACCCAGAGUUGAUGCCCAUAUAGAAGGGGCAAGUUUGGGUUCUAGGCCCUGUUCUGUACUGGGCAAGGGGUCUGCCUUGCCCAGUAACCACUGAAGUACAGAAAACACAGUAACAGUGCAGGGAGCAAUGACAUGGUAAGAGACAAAUGCCAUGCCAUAACUUCUUCUGCAAAAUCCUACUACACACUACUUCAUUUGGUGAUUGUGUAAGUACUCUACAGUCUAUAUUGCCUGGGAGGCAUGCAUUUGCAGGGUUUUCCUUUGCACUUGCAGGGUUUUCCUUUCAGUGUAUUCAAGCAAAACAACUCCUUUCUGGAUCUCAGUCAUGUUUGGGCAUAGACCUACACCUCCCUGCCAAAGCCAAGUUAGGUCUGGGCACACAUAAGGGCACAACUGAAGUCAAAUAGUCAAGUCCUUUUGCAGAAGCAACAGCCACCAGGUUCCUUUAUACAAAGAGGCCUAAAUUCCACCCAAGUCCCUCUUCACAAAACCUGGAUAUAAUGCUUUAUUUCCUGCCCUAGGGUUAAUUAAUUUCUUGUCAAUUCUUUAAUCAGAGACAUGAUUAAGGCAAACACUUUCCACCAAGGUGGAUUUUAUCUGUCAUUUGACUAGCAUUUUUAACACAAUUCUGAGAAAUCAAGAGAAAGAUCCCUAAAAAUCAUAGUUUUUUGAUCAUAAUCAUUUAUACAGUGACACGGAUAUACAGUUGUUCCAGUGUAUGUUUACCUACCACUUUUCACUUUUUACAUUGACUUCUCAGUAUAAACCUUCUUCAGCUUGUACUACCAGUAUCAUCAUUGCUUUAAAAAUCUUUCUUCUCUCUUUAUAACGAGUUGCUUCAAAGGUACAUCCUUGAACUUGCAUAGUAUUACUUGCAUACACAACUGCUGUCUUUGGUAGGAGGACAAGGUCUGCCCCUGCCAUGACAACAGUUGGGUACAGAACAUGCUAAGCCAGCUGAAGAUGUCUCCAUUCCCAAGAGUACUAAAAUCACAGCUUACUUCCUCCACACAUGAACUAGAAAAAUGUGUAAUUCAGCCCUGAUUCAGUACAUUUAAACAGCUUAGAUCAACCUUGCUGUCAUUCAGUACAAUGUCCCCCAAAAAGCCCCUUUUUCUUCUUCCAGCAAAUGAAAAAUAAAGACCUUUUAUUCAUUAAAAUAAGCAGACCUUUCAAGAAAUAUGUAGCUAUUUUUAGAUGCUGUUGUUCAGUUGAAAACAGCCCAAAUGCCCUGGGGCAAAGGACUCACUGAAUUCUUAGCAGGUCAGAACAGAGAACUGCAGAGUGCACUUGCAGUCUUUACUUGGAAACUGUCCCUAUCAACACUAGGUGGUAGACAUGAAACAAGAACCGACAGAAAAAAACCCAUCACCAGUGCCUUUCCAAGUAAAGGGGUUUUUUUCCUCAGAAAAAUUUCCAGAGAGCAGGAUUUAUCUGACAAAUGUCCAAAGAAGGUGGACUUCCCUCUGUGUGGGAUUCCACUUCUAUUCUGCUUUGUGGUUGCAAAGCAGAGCUUGCUUUUUGUAAUUGUUUUGUCAUAAAGCUGUCUCCUCAUGUCCUGCUGUCCAUUUAUUGUCAGUUGAAGAUGGUAACACAUGUCAAGUGCAAGACGGGGCACUUGGCAUCAUCUAAUAUCAUAGUUAUCCUACUCCCAUUUACACAGAUAACAAUUAAUUUACUUGAAUACGUAGGCUGCUGAGACACAUAAAGUGGCAUCAAGACAACCUUUCUUCACUGCAGUUGUAGUUAUGAUUCCACAUCACUUUUUACUUAGAGACAAAAUUACAUCAAUGUUGUACAUUUAGAAUUCUGGUUGUUCAGAGCUAUGAUCUGUCUCCUUGGGACAGCAUCUCCUUGGGUAGUGACAAUGGGUUAAAUAGAAUGUUGCUAGGUUGAAGGAUUUCUCAGAAAACUAAUUUCAAAAAUAGUUUUAGUUAAUCCAACUCAUCCUUCCAGUGUAUUUUUAUAUUCACUUGAGCUUCUGUUGUGGCUCUGCUGUCAUCACAGCUUUGCAUUUAUUACAGUCACACAUUAGUUAGUCUAGACACAGUAACUGGGCCAGUUAAAUGGAACUUGGGACACCAUCUGACACAAGCUAAAUGGUUAUGUGCAGGGCACUACCACAGGACUGCAGUGGUUUGGGAGGAGAGCUUUUCUUAAGACAUAGAUCCAAAAGCCGGACCAUGUAACUGACCCUGGGAAUCUUAAUAUAAAUCACAUCAUGCUCCAUCUUAAAAAUCAAAACUAGCAACAAGCGAUGAUGGCAAGAGCAUCAAUCCUAUAAAAAGCAGAGAUCUUUGAUCUUCUCCCUCCUCAAAUAUCUGCAUUAUUGCCAGAGGGCCAUCAAGAUUAGUGUGAGGGCAAAUCUGUCUCCUCCCAUCUUCAAAUAGCAAUACUGAAAUUUUUGAGGUGUAGCAGAUAAGCAGAGCUAUCACCACUCUGACCUACACUAAAAAGUGCCAUUCUUCUCCAAAGUAUGCUCAUUCACUAAGAUGAAUGCGUCACUUUACACUUCUUUAGGCCAAACACCUUGAGAACAGGCUUCAGGCAGCAGAAAUGCUUGUACUGAUGGUGGAUCCACAAGCACUAUCAGCAUAACUCUAGGUUUAAAAGAAUCUGCCUCCAGUCAUCCUUCGCUUCUUAUUUGGCAAGGUCUCCUUUGUGUUGGCACAAUCAGUUAUGUGGUCAAGUGGUUGCCCAGCUGACAGAACUGAUUUAAACUAACCUAAUAAAAAGCCCCUCUAAAAAACCCGGUUUUUUUCUUGUUUUCAAUGUUUUGGGAAUGGUAAUAUAAAACAUGGCAGAUAAUGAAGGACAGUUUAUUGGAACUGCACUACCCAGUCAGAACUUCCAAUGCUGUGCACAACCCUCUUUCCAUGCAUGGGGCUAAAAUUUAAGGUAUAGGCAGACAAGUCAAAAGAACAAUCUGUGAAAAUUACUGCAGAGCUGUAUGAUGCUGAGUCUCACCCCAACUCCAUAGCUAGGUUAAUGAAAUGGGAAGUCUUACAUUAUCUUGUUCCAGUUGCUUACUCCACAUCCAAAGAUAAGAGCUUAUACUGAAAGCACUUUGUGACAUGUACACCUAAGCGGCCUGAACCUGGUUAGAAUGGAAAUCUAUGUUAUCUUCACUUUCUCAAAAAUGAACUUGCAGGAACUCGAGCCCUGCAGGAUGUUAUGUAAAACAACUGAGCAGAUAUAAGAGCUCACCACAGCAAAAAGGCCUUGCUCCUCCUCUCUUCCUGCAGGAGCAAGCUUUGCAGGGCUGUCAGCACCUGCAGAAUGGCCUAAAACUUAAGCCAAGAUAGAACUAAAAGAUAAAACUGUCUCUACAUCCACAUUCAGUGUCUCUGAAAGUAAUCAGGAAUGUUUUACCAGUACAUAGAGCAGGAAUGUUCCCGUAAAACAGCAUACAGACUCAAUCACUAGCUAGACGAACAUCUUACCCCAUAAAUUCCGUAGGGAAUUUACACAGAAAUAUGAUUAACUAUAAAAUUUGGUAUUUAGACAAUUAAAACAUUUAACACUGCAGUUCUUGCACCUGGGAAUGAGGGUCUGCUGAACUCAUAAUGGGUUCUUGAAAUGAAAUGAAGAGGUAUAUAUGUUACAUACUAAAUCAUUACCUGAUAUUAAGCAUAUCUGUGUUCCUCAGAAAAUUCCCAUCCAAAUACUGUCACGAUUUUAAGCUUUUUGUUUGGAAGAUUCAAGGUGUAAGUCAGGAUAUCAACAGCUUGCUAAAUGGCCUUUAAAAUGACCCCUAUCCUGUAGCCAAGACAUUGUAUAUAGAAGGUUAACACUUUGAUUAUAUUAUAUCGAGUGUAGGUAUUUGGAACGAUGGCUAAUGGAAAGCAACCAGUAAAAAAAACUAGAUUGAAAGAGGAGUAAAAAUUCUUGAAUUAUAUUGGCAAUUAUCUGGGUUCUGUUGUGUGGGUUUUAA